UGAAGAUGCACUUCAUAGAUAAUUAAAUGGCAACGAGGCGUUUAUAUCUUGUCUUAUUCUGUACCAAAUUAUCGUUCGUCUUAUAAAAGAUUGGGUUGCAAAAAUCUGUCAUAUAAAAUUCAGUGAAAAUAACGAUUUCUUAAAGAGAAGAGAAAUUGUCAUCAGCUUUCCAUUUGUAGUUGUCAAAUUUUUAGAGAGUUUGAGUAAUAACUUUACAGUUUGUAAUGCUUUGUGAAAUAAAGACAAUGAAGGUGCUUGCAGAGUGAUAGUUACUCAAAAUUUAAGAAAAAUAUGUGAUUAUUAAAGGUACUCACGUCAAUAGCUCGUACAAAAAGAUCUUAAACAAUGAAUGUUCGACCACUGCCAACAGCUCUGGCUGAAAAAGCCCGAAAAGAAUUAAAUGAAGAUCCCGAGUUGAUCGAUGAAAAAAUACAACAAUUCAAACAAUGGAUCUUAAAUCAAAAACAUUUGAAAGCCAGGACAGAUGAUCAAUGGCUUUUGGCUUUUUUACGUGGUUGUAAAUAUAGAAUGGAGCAGGCAAAGUCCAAAAUUGACUUGUAUUAUUCACUGAGGAGCACAGCGCCAUAUCUGUAUAGCAUUAAGUUCAAUGAAUCCAAACUAAUAGACCUUUUGAAUUUGGGAUCUGUAGUAAUAUUACCGAAGACUCUAAACCCGGCAGAACCCAGGAUUAUAUUUUACAGACUAGGAAGAUUUGAUCCUAAGGAAUAUCAUAUUAUAGAUGUAUUAAGUCUUUUAUCGUUUAUGGAACAGAUAUGUUUUAUGGAAGACGAUACUUUUGUUGUGGCUGGAACAAUUCACGUAUUGGACUUUGCGGGUACCAAAUUUGGUCAUUACACACAAACAUCGCUUACCCAUUUACGGCAUAUAGGAUUAGCUAGACAGGACGCUGUCCCUAUUCGUAUAAAGAGAAUACAUUUUUUAAAUACUCCGUACUUUUUUGAAACAUUUUUUAAAGUCGCUAAAAUGAUUCUUAGUGAAAAGAAUAAGCAAAGGAUUCUAUUCCACAGUAAAAGUGCUUUGCAUGAUUACUUUCCUAAAGAGAUCAUACCUGAGGAAUAUGGAGGAACCGGAGACAGCUUUCGACAAUGUGUGGAUUAUUGGAAGAAUAAGAUAAGGGAGUAUGACUCGUUUUUCGAAGAGGACCUCAAAUAUGGCAGUGAUGAAUCUAAACGGCUCACGAAGAAUGAAUCAAUACAGUUUGAUUAAUGGCAACGCCUGUUGGAUAACUUUUAGUGUGAUCACUAUAAAUUAUAGUUACCAGUUUUGUUAUGGCUUUUAUGAACUUUUAUGUUCAUAUUAGUUUUAGCUUUAUUAUUUUUAUACUGGUAGGUGUCAGUUACCUCUACUUUGUUAUAUAUUUUUAUAGAACAAUUAUUACUUAUUUAAUUUUUCGUAACUGUUAAGACAAAUCUUGAAUUUAUUUGCGUUGUUUUUAAUGAAUACACUUCCAUAGAUGUGUGUUAACAGUUUUUUAAGGGAGUUAGUGUUUAAUUUAUAUUAAUAAUGUUUUUAUAAUAUAUUUUUUAAACUAUCCAGUAAAGUUACCUUUCUUGCGCCUGUUAAUUUGUAAGUAAAAGAUUUUUAUUUUCAGUCCAGUAUAAAUUUUAUAAAAUG